GAGGUCACUGGGGCUGAAGGCGUUCCUACUGCUGGCCCGGUGGCUAUGUAGUGGAGAGGCAGGCGUUCUCCGACAAGUUCUGGAAGGUUCCUGGGUUCGAUUACGGCAGUAGCUACAGGACUCCUAUUCGCUGGCCGCAGGUCCCUGGCACCUAAACGGAGCUGCUGCCGCCGCCAUGUUUGGCUGCUUGGUGGCGGGGAGGCUGGUACAGACAGCUGCACAGCAAGUGGCAGAGGACAAAUUUGUUUUUGACUUGCCUGAUUAUGAAAGUAUCAACCAUGUUGUGGUUUUUAUGCUGGGAACAGUCCCAUUUCCUGAGGGAAUGGGAGGAUCUGUCUACUUUUCCUAUCCUGAUUCAAAUGGAAUACCUGUAUGGCAACUCCUAGGAUUUGUCACGAAUGGAAAACCAAGUGCCAUCUUCAAAAUUUCAGGUCUUAAAUCUGGAGAAGGAAGUCAGCAUCCUUUUGGAGCCAUGAAUAUUGUCCGAACUCCAUCUGUUGCUCAGAUUGGAAUUUCAGUGGAAUUAUUGGACAGUCUGGCUCAGCAGACUCCUGUAGGCAGUGCUGCCGUAUCUUCAGUUGACUCAUUCACUCAGGCCCAGAUGACACCAAACCCAUCUGAAAUGUUCAUUCCAGCAAAUGUGGUUUUGAAAUGGUAUGAAAACUUUCAAAGACGACUAGCACAGAACCCUUUCUUUUGGAAAACAUAAUUUGAAUAAAAUAAUUUUUAAUGGAUUCUGAAAUUUGUCAUGUUUUGAAGAUAAAUGACUCCAUUUAAAAGCAUGAAGUCAAAAGAAUCAUGAAACCCAAGUUUAAAAACUGCUUAGUAUGUGGAGCUUAAUUAAAAUCUUUAUACAAAAUUAAAAACAUUGAAAAAUGAAAGUAUGUUUAUCAUCAAUGACUUUCCCCUCCUUAAGCUUUAAAUACUUUGAAACCAUUUUGUUUUGGCUAUUCACUUUUUACUUAAAAAUAAAGCUUAUUCAUGACAGUA